GCCUCCCGGGUUGGGAUGUUGAAAAGACGAGCUGCCCUUCAUUUCACAACCUAACAUCGUCUCACCAUGCCUCCUGUGUCUACUCACCACACCGACUCAUACACUCCUAGCGCUCACCAUUAUGGAUCAGGCGGAUCUGGGGCUGGCUCGUCUUCUGGAGACGAAACCCACGGUCCCGCUGAAUGGUCUAUCAGUCCACGGGAGUUCUGGAAGAAAACCAUUGAUACCCUUGCGCAUCAUACCAAGCGAAUGGAUGAUUCUGGUACCCUUGGUGGCAACGCCCACAGCGGUAACAGUGGUAAUGUCGAUGGCGGCAGCGUCUACAACCCUGACACCACCAUGAACGAAGGCAUGCCCACUCUCAUGAACAUGAACUCUAACAACGCCGGGACGGGUGGAGGCUCCAAGUCAGGAUGUGCCGGCGCCGGCAAGACUAGCUCUGCUGGAAGUGGAGGCAACGCAUCCAGUGGGAACAGCGGUACUGCCCACGGAGGCAGCGUCAGUGGGGCGCCCAGCGGCAUGAUUAACGUCGACUCUAACAAUGCGGGAGGUGCUGGAGAAACUGAGACUGGAUGUGCUACAGGUGGAGAUUCACAUGCCAGCACUUGAGCAGUCGUUUGCGCUCAGUUUCGGUUCUAUACCUCCGUUUGUCACUAUACCCAGCCACCAUUCCCCUUAAAUCUUCGUUGUUCUGAAAGACGUUAUACUCCCAUAUAUCCAUUGCGACAUGUAGGAGAUC